AGACGUUUUACAAAAAACGUAUCCGAACGCGUAAAAAGUUUACAAUCAUGAAUUAAAAAAAUAAACUGUCAAAUAAAUUUGUCAAUAUUUGACAGCGAUUUUGGCGCGAAUUGGCUUUUUUAAUGUUAAUAAAUUAUAUUGUUGUUUAAUUUAAAAAAUGGCCAAAAUGAAUGUGAGCGUGUUUCUAGUUUUAGUUUUUUGUUGUGUAAAAGCUGUGUUGUCACAAGGAACCGGUUCAGGAAAUGAUGGAAAUUUACGCCUCUGCAUCGUGGAAGGCCGGGGGUUGUACAAGCGUGCGCCCACGCAUUGUCCUAUCCUGGACAAGGAGAAAGCUGGCGUCGAAUGCGUGUUGGGGACUGACAGACUAGACUGUCUCCGUCGCAUCAGCAAAGGCACGGUGGACUUCGGCGUGUUCAGCCCUGAAGACCUGAUAGCGGCGCAAUGGGCCAACAUCGAUGUACUGGUCACUAACGAGCUCCGGUUUAGAGCUAGACCGUACGCCCGCAAUAUAGUCGCCAUAGUGAACAGACGCAUCCUACCUGACAGCUCAUCGACCUUACACGCGGUGCUGAAGAACAGUACGCUCUGCCAUCCGGGGGAGACCAUGGAUGAUCUGCGGCCGCUUAGCGAGACAUUAUCCGGGUAUCUAGAGUCACUGGUCCUGGAACGUGUGUGUGACCCGACACGCUCCAACACUGAGAACAAGCUGAAGGCUCUCGCUGACUUCUACGGCAAGGCGUGCAAGGCCGGACCCUGGGUGCCUGACAAGAACCGAGAUGAUGAACUUAAACGACAAUUCCCUUCACUCUGCGCAGCGUGCGCCCGAUCCUGUACUGCUGCAGAUCGCUACUGGGGCAACACAGGCUCCCUCACAUGCCUGACCGAGGGCGUCGGUGACGUCACGUGGGGAGAGGCUGAUGACAUCGCUGCUUAUUUCAAUAUCAAUGACAGUUCAAGUCUAUCAGGCGCGGAUAACUUCGCAUACCUCUGCCGUGAUGGUACGUGGCGAGAUCUGACACAGGAACCCUGCGUUUGGCUGAGGAGACCUUGGAAUGUUAUUGUUGCUAAAAGAAAAGCAUCAGAAGCAGUAAGCAAGUUAGCAGCCGCCCUCACAAACAGCUCGGUGACAGUAGACCGGCACUGGCGCGGCGCCCUCUCAGCCCUGCUGGAGAGCAACCAGGCGUUACCGGAGCCUCUCCAUCCUCCUCGAGCCCCGCUUGAUUAUCUGGCGCGAGCUGAUGGCUUCCGUGAGGCUUAUAGUCAGGCUGGCUGUCAUCCGCCCAGACACAUAAACUUCUGCACCACCUCUCUCCUAGCGAAGAACAAGUGCGACUGGUUAAGCGAGGCGGGCGCGGUGUACGGCAUAGCGCCCCCCCUGCAGUGCGUCAUGAGGAGUAGCACCCAGGAGUGCAUGGCGGCGGUGGAAGCCGGGGACUGUGAUGCUACUGCUGCUGAUAGUGACUGGCUGGUUGCUGGACUUAGAGACUACUCCCUAACACCGGUCCUUCACGAAGUAACGCCAAUCGUCGAAAAAACAAGCACGAUAGUAGCCUACGUGAACGCCGACUCAAAAAUAUCCAAGAUGGCCGAUUUACGCGGCAAACGCGCCGCUUUCCCUCGCUACGAUGGCGCUGCCUGGCAUUCAGUGCAACGUUACAUUACAGAACACGAGAAAAUAUCCUGUAAAGACUAUGUAGAAGGAUAUUUUAAGGAAAUCUGUGCUCCAGGGCUCGAUGGAAAGAAAUGUUAUGACGCAGGAGAAAUGGAAGCACUGAACUCGCUGGUCGAAGGAAAGAGUGAUGUCGCUUUUAUUAGUAUGGCGACUUUUAAUGCUUUUAAAGAUAAGAAAGGCGCAUCAUCAGAAGAAGUGAAGAAAAUCGUCCCUCUCUGUCCGGAAGGCAACCAAAAAUACUGCUUCGUCAGUUGGUCCAACCUUGGCCACAUAUUUGUCGCUAAAAAUGUCACUGACAUCCGCAAACACGAGAUAAUAAACGUCUUCACGAAGUUGGACCAACUGUUUGGCAAACAUCCGCCGUUCCACAAUGCUAUGUUCUCAAUGUAUGGGCCAUUUAAUCAUGAAAAUGAAGUAAUAUUCCAUAGUAAUACUAAAAGUUUAGCAACUAGUGCUGUGUUAAAAACUCAUCCUUACGACAAAAUCUCAUACAACCUCGAACUCUUUGUGUCAAAUAUGACAGAUUUCACUUGUGGUUUUGGCGCGAAAAUUACGCCAUCUUUGUCCAUGUUGUUCGUAACUCUAGUCGUAUUUUUAAUUUAUAGUUAAUGUUUAGCUUUAGUUGAAGGCUUUGUGAUGUAAAUAAUAAAAAUUUUUUAUAUUUUUUA